AACUAAAUGAAAACCUUCAUCUUCUUUUCCAGAACCAAAAAACAAAAGAACAGAUUGAAAGCUUGCUGCAGAAUGGAAAGCACAAAGAGCUGCGGGAUCGCCUCUGCUGCAGGCUGACCUUUGGGACUGCCGGGCUUCGCUCUGCCAUGGGAGCUGGCUUCUGCUACAUUAAUGAUCUUACAGUGAUCCAGUCCACACAGGGGAUCUACAAGUAUCUUGAGAGGUGCUUCUCAGACUUUAAGCAGAGAGGCUUUGUUGUUGGAUAUGACACACGAGGUCAGGUGACCAGCAACUGCAGCAGUAAGAAACUUGCAAAGCUCACUGCUGCAGUCCUGCUGGCUAAAGAUGUACCUGUGUACUUCUUCUCCACCUACGUCCCUACUCCCUUCGUGCCCUAUGCUGUUCAGCAGCUCAAUGCUGUGGCUGGUGUGAUGAUCACAGCAUCCCACAACCGGAAGGAGGACAACGGGUACAAGGUUUACUGGGAAAAUGGAGCACAGAUCACCUCUCCUCAUGAUAAGGAAAUCAUCAAGUGCAUAGAAGAGUGUGUUGAACCAUGGAAUGGCUCUUGGAAUGAGAAUCUAGUAGAUACCAGUCCCCUUAGACAGGAUCCUCUGAAGAAAAUCUGUGACUGUUACAUGGAGGACCUGAAAAAGAUCUGUUAUCACAGGGAGCUGAAUGUGCAAACAACUCUGAAGUUUGUUCAUACCUCUUUUCAUGGAGUUGGACAUGACUAUGUGCAGUUGGCUUUCAAAGCAUUUGGCUUCCAGCCUCCCAUUCCAGUACCUGAACAAAAAGAUCCAGAUCCAGACUUCUCCACUGUCAAAUGCCCAAAUCCUGAAGAGGGGGAAUCUGUGCUGGAGUUGUCACUGAGGCUUGCAGAGAAAGAAAGUGCCAAAGUAGUAGUGGCCACUGAUCCAGAUGCAGACAGACUAGCGGUGGCAGAACAGCAGGAGAAUGGGUGCUGGAAGGUGUUCACUGGCAAUGAACUAGCAGCUUUGUUUGGGUGGUGGAUGUUUUCAUGCUGGAAAGAAAACUGCUCUGAAGAUGCUGAUGUGAAGAACGUUUACAUGCUGGCGACCACAGUCUCCUCAAAGAUUUUGAGGGCAAUUGCACUUAAAGAAGGAUUUCACUUUGAAGAAACACUCCCUGGAUUUAAAUGGAUUGGAAGUAGAGUGAAGAAUCUCCUAGACAAUGGAAAAGAAGUUCUCUUUGCAUUUGAAGAGUCUAUUGGCUUCAUGUGUGGCACAUCAGUGUUGGAUAAAGAUGGUGUAAGCGCGGCUGUGGUCAUAGCUGAGAUGGCAACCUACCUGGAGGGCAAGAACCUCACACUGGCACAGAAACUCACUGAGAUAUAUGAAACGUACGGCUACCACAUAUCAAAGACUUCCUAUUUCUUGUGCUAUGACCCUCCUACUAUCAAAAGGAUAUUUGAGAAACUUCGGAACUUUGAUGCUCCUCAGUCUUAUCCCAAACUUUGUGGCAUUUACAGUAUCUUACAUGUACGAGAUGUCACCACGGGCUAUGACAGCAGCCAGCCAAAUAAGAUAUCGGUGCUGCCAGUGAGUAAAAGCAGUCAGAUGAUCACUUUUACCUUCCAAAAUGGUUGUGUUGCCACCCUUCGGACAAGUGGGACAGAACCAAAGAUCAAGUACUACGCAGAGAUGUGUGCACUGCCUGAGCAGAGUGACAGAAAAGUGCUGGAAGAAGAACUUCAGAAGCUGAUUGAAGCUUUGAUUGAGAAUUUUCUUGAGCCUGAUAAGAACGGACUGAUCUGGCGCUCGGCUUAG